AUGAUUUCUUUACCCUCCAGCUUUAAGGACUUCUAUGAAAUGGAGCCCCACAAGUUCCAAAAUAAGACGAACGGCAUCACCCCUCGCCGCUGGCUGGUCAUGUGCAAUCCCGGGCUGGCUGAGGUCAUUGCAGAGAGAAUUGGGGAAGACUUCAUUCGUGAUCUUGACCAACUGAAACGUCUCCGGGACUUUGUGAACGAUGAUGCAUUUAUUCGGGAUAUCGCCAAAGUGAAACAGGAGAACAAGCUGAAGUUCGCUGUGCAUUUGGAGGAGCACUACAAGGUGAAGAUCAAUCCCAACUCCAUGUUUGACGUCCAAGUCAAGAGAAUCCAUGAAUACAAGAGACAGCUGCUGAACUGUCUCCACAUCAUCACCUACUACAACCGCAUCAAGAAAGAGCCAAACAAGCAGUGGACUCCAAGGACUAUAAUGAUUGGAGGAAAGGCCGCUCCUGGAUACCACACAGCCAAGAUGAUCAUCCGUCUGAUCACAGCUAUUGGGGAGGUGGUCAACCACGAUCCAGUGGUUGGAGAUCGCCUGAAGGUCAUCUUCUUGGAGAACUAUAGAGUCACACUGGCAGAGAAAGCCAUCCCAGCGUCAGACCUGUCAGAACAAAUCUCUACAGCCGGCACUGAAGCCUCCGGCACUGGCAACAUGAAGUUCAUGCUUAACGGAGCCCUGACCAUUGGCACCAUGGACGGAGCUAAUGUUGAGAUGGCAGAAGAAGCUGGUGACGGCAAUCUCUUCAUCUUUGGCAUGAGAGUGGAAGACGUUGAUGCACUUGACAAGAAAGGAUACCAUGCUGAGGAAUAUUACAACCGGCUGCCGGAGCUAAAGCAGGCCAUUGACCAAAUCGCUAAUGGCUACUUUAGCCCAAAACAGCCAGACCUGUUUAAAGAAAUAGUCAACAUGCUGAUGCAUCAUGACAGGUACAGAAAAACUGAACUAUUUCAUCUAUCUAUCUAUCUAUCUAUCUAUCUAUCUAUCUAUCUAUCUAUCUAUCUAUCUAUCUA